AGGGCGGUGGGCGAGGGCGGCGGCGAUCUUGAAGGAGCUCGAGGAGAAGUGCGCGACUCCGAUCGGAAAGCUGAGGCACGUCGCCGACGCGAUGACCGUCGAGAUGCACGCUGGACUUGCGUCGGAGGGCGGGAGCAAGCUCAAGAUGCUCAUCAGCUACGUCGACAAUCUCCCCACUGGGGACGAGAAGGGAUUGUUUUAUGCAUUGGAUCUGGGAGGAACCAACUUCCGUUGUCUCCGUGUACAGCUCGGUGGGAAGGAAGGACGUGUGGUUAAACAAGAAGCUGAAGAAGUCUCGAUUCCACCACAUCUGAUGGUUGGAAGCUCUCAUGAACUGUUUGACUUCAUCGCUUCGGCAUUAGCAAAGUUCGUUGCUUCUGAAGGUGAUGACUAUCAACUUUCCGUGGGAAGGCAAAGAGAACUUGGCUUUACAUUCUCUUUCCCGGUGAAGCAGACUUCAAUUUGCUCAGGCACUCUUAUUAAGUGGACAAAAGGAUUUUCCAUUGAUGGCACGGUAGGAGAAGAUGUCGUUGCUGAAUUGACUAAAGCAAUGGAAAGACAAGGUCUUGAUAUGCGUGUCGCAGCAUUGGUGAAUGAUACAAUAGGUACACUGGCUGGAGGCAGGUACAAUGACAAUGAUGUUGUUAUUGCGGUUAUAUUAGGUACCGGUACAAAUGCAGCAUACGUAGAGCGGGCACAAGCAAUCCCCAAGUGGCAUGGCCUCCUACCUAAAUCAGGAGAGAUGGUUAUCAACAUGGAGUGGGGAAAUUUCCGGUCAUCUCAUCUGCCAAUGACAGAGUAUGAUCACACACUGGAUGUUGAAAGUUUGAAUCCUGGUGAACAAAUCUUUGAGAAAUUAAUUUCUGGUAUGUAUUUGGGAGACAUUGUAAGAAGAGUUCUCUGGAGGUUGGCUGAAGAAGCUUCCUUUUUUGGCGAUAAUGUUCCUUCAAAACUUCAAGUUCCAUUUACAUUAAGGACUCCAGACAUGUCGGCCAUGCAUCAUGACUCAUCAUCUGACCUGAGAGUCGUUGCUAACAAAUUGAGGGAUGUAUUCGGGAUCACCAAUACCUCUCUGAAGAUGAGGAAAACUAUUGUAGACAUAUGUGACAUAGUUGCCAAGCGUGGGGCCCGUCUUGCUGCUGCCGGAGUUGUCGGUAUCUUAAAGAAACAAGGCCGGGACACUGUUGCAGGCAAGCAGAGGACAGUGGUCGCUAUGGAUGGAGGGCUAUUUGAGCACUACACCAUCUUCAGCAAAUGCUUGGAGAGCACCCUUUCUGAGAUGCUCGGAGAUGAGGUAUCAAGCCAUGUCAUAAUAACCCACGCAAACGAUGGCUCUGGCAUUGGUGCAGCUCUCCUUGCAGCCUCUCACUCUCAAUAUCUCGGCAUUGAUGAAUCCUAAGUUAGGGAAAUUUUCUAUGUUUUGUUCGUUUCCUGUAACCUUCUUACAUUUUUCAGAAGAUAUGCUUAAUUUAAUACCUGCGAGGUAGCAGCCAGUAUAAUGGAAGCAGAUUGAGAAGGAAAUCAUCAGUCUUGGGGUCACAAAAUGUAUAAAUUGCGGGGUUGGAUAGCGAGCUCUCUGUCGAGUGAGCCCUGCGAGCGGGCUUAACAGUUGGAACUUUUGUUUAUGUAAUUUUUUUCCUCCCUUCUCUCUUUUUUUUUUCUUUCCUUUCUUUCGGGGCUCUUAUAUUUUCUCCUGACAAUUUGAGAAUAAAACCAGGAGAAUUUAAUGUGAUUCUAUUUUAUCGUUUA